AUUCUUGUGACUGCCCGUAGGACUUCAUGACAUCUUGUCGGCUGAAUAGCUUAUACCGGACAGGGCCGAGUAUAUCCCAUCACUUGCUCCUCACAAACACCCACGCCAAUGUUGAAGUCUUCUGAGCCAGCCAUCUUGCUCGAUUAGUUCCCCCUGCUCCGUGCCAGGAUCGUUUACUACGCCUGUGCAGAGAUCUGUUGUUUACAAAAAGCUCCGUUGAGAGAGGCUUGCCGCUUCAUUGAUUCUGUGAAAUCUUGAGGGUAUUUCUAGUCAGAUACUUUUUCCACGGUUCCGAUGCUGGCUCUGUCCAGGUGUCCGGCAGCUUUGAGGUGGGGACUGUCCCUGCGCUGUUCUCCCCUCUCUCUGGGGAGCACGACCAGGAGCAGCCAGCCUUCCACCACAGCCGGGCUCCAGUCUCUAAGAACCCAGACAGCUCUGUUUCACCAAAGUGAAGCCAAUGCCAGUCCUGAUACAAACAAGCCCACUACAGUGUUGUCCUCCGUUUUUGGGCUGGAGGGGGAGCUGUUUGGGAUGGGAAUGUGGUCUUUGGGUCUGGGGGCUGUCGGAGCUGCACUGGUAGGGAUCUUCCUGGCCAACACUGACAUGUGUCUGCCUAAAGUUGCGCAGGCAUCGCUGGAGCACCUUGAAGAAGCUGACCUGCGCUCCACCAUAGAUGAUGAUAAUGUCAUAAAAGCAAAGAGCCUGUGGGACACAAACGGGGCGGUGGUCAUGGCCGUACGACGUCCUGGAUGAUUUUUGUGCAGAGAGAGGUCGAGGCCUCUGAGCUCUCUGAAAUCUCAGCUGGAAGAGCUCGGAGUCCCUCUGUUCGCUGUUGUGAAGGAGAACAUCGGCACAGAGAUCCAGGACUUCAGACUGCACUUCGCUGGGGACAUCUACAUAGAUGAAAAGCAACACUUCUACGGCCCGCUGCAGAGGAAGAUGGGGGGUCUGGGGUUCAUUCGCCUCGGGGUGUGGCAGAACUUCAUACGGGCCUGGAGGUCCGGGUACCAGGGCAACAUGAACGCCGAGGGCUUCAUCCUGGGGGGAGUGUUUGUCAUCGGAGCAGGAGACCAGGGGAUUCUCCUGGAACACCGGGAGAAGGAGUUUGGCAACAAAGUUGAAAUUGCAGAUGUUUUGGAGGCUGUUAAGAAUAUUGUGCCAGUUAAAUAAUUCAUUUUUUAGACAUUAAACACUGUUUUUAGAUCAAAGCUAGAAUCAGGAAUUUGUCCAUCACUGAAAUACCAAUAAUAUAACAACAUUUAAGUCUGUGUUGUAUGAUGUUACAAUAUAUUUCUUCAUUUGCACAUUCAUUUGCUGUUUACUGUUGGUUAUGAAAGCAAAGCUGUGAAAUUCAGGACAGGUACAAUAUUAUCACUUAUUGUUUUUGUUAAUCUCUGCAGACACCUUCUGCUUUUGAGAUGGGCAAUAAAAACAGGUAGUAAGGGACUUAAAGGCAGCAUUUUCAUUCAGGUACAUCAGCCACUCAAAGACACUUGAAAUCUGAACUAAAGGCUGGGUUGCACAUUUGAUUAAUUAUUCUAUUAGCGGCGUUAGCGGUACAUUCAUAACAAUGUUCCUGUGUCAUUAUUUGUUUGCUUCUCCUGGUCAGGCACCACAAUGGGCCUCCAGCAUGGCAGACAAGUGUAUGUGUAGCCUGUGUGUGUGAUAAUGACAACUUGACUCUAAACUCGACAGAGAGGAGCAGGUUUGAUGCUCAAACACACACAGGCUCAGCCACUGGCACCAUGUUAAGGAGUGUUUGUGUUGCCUGGAGCAUUUGUGUGUGACUGAGAGUGUGUGGAUCUGUAGAUGUUGCUUCAGAAAAUGAAAGUAAUAAAUAAAGAAGACCUCAUCACCAUA